CACUGAAGGGGAACUAUGGUGGCUGAAUGGGCAUGGCUGAAGGGUUCUGCAUCAUAUCAGUGCAGUCCAGUGGAGAUGCACGGGAAUACCACAGCUUCAGGAGAGCUGGGGAACCACUUGCUUUCCAAAACUCCACACCUGAGCAAGAUUUUGGCAAAGCCAACGAUUUGUAGCCCUGCAGUAUUUGCCAAACAUCCAGGACGUGGCCUCCCAUUGUGGGACAGACUGAUUCACCUUCCUGACAGAAAUCAGAAAUGGAAUGUAGUGGGCAUAACAGAAAAUAAUUUCUGUAGGAAAAGACACUUCAGAAUUUAUGAUAUCCAGAGGAAUGGACAGCAGCUUUUGCAAUGCCGACAUGCUUCAACUUGGACUGGUACAAUUUUACAGCCAGGCUAUACAAAAGCAAACUUUCCAAUUAUGUCGAGUGCCCAGGAAUACCAAAAAGAAGAAAAAAAGUGUAAAGGGUACAUACCCAGUUACUUAGACAAGGAUGAGCUAUGUGUAGUAUGCGGGGACAAAGCCACCGGAUACCAUUAUCGCUGCAUCACUUGCGAAGGUUGCAAGGGUUUCUUUAGAAGAACCAUUCAGAAGAACCUCCAUCCAACCUAUUCCUGUAAAUAUGAAGGAAAAUGUGUGAUAGACAAAGUAACAAGAAAUCAGUGCCAGGAAUGUCGCUUCAAAAAAUGUAUCUUUGUUGGCAUGGCAACAGAUUUGGUGUUGGAUGACAGCAAGAGGUUGGCAAAGAGGAAGCUGAUAGAAGAAAAUCGAGAGAAGAGACGUCGGGAAGAGCUGCAGAAAACCAUUGGGCACAAACCAGAGCCAACAGAUGAGGAAUGGGAGCUCAUCAAAAUUGUUACUGAAGCACAUGUGGCCACCAAUGCACAAGGAAGCCACUGGAAGCAGAAAAGGAAAUUUCUGCCAGAAGAUAUUGGGCAGGCACCAAUAGUUAAUGCCCCAGAAGGUGGGAAAGUGGAUUUAGAAGCCUUCAGCCAGUUUACAAAAAUUAUCACACCAGCGAUUACAAGAGUGGUGGAUUUUGCCAAAAAGUUGCCUAUGUUUUGUGAGCUGCCAUGUGAAGACCAGAUCAUCCUUCUGAAAGGCUGCUGUAUGGAGAUCAUGUCCCUCCGAGCAGCUGUUCGCUAUGACCCCGAGAGUGAGACUUUAACACUAAAUGGGGAGAUGGCAGUGACAAGGGGCCAGCUGAAAAAUGGGGGUCUUGGCGUAGUGUCUGAUGCCAUUUUUGACCUGGGCAUGUCUCUUUCUUCAUUUAAUCUGGAUGACACCGAGGUUGCCCUUCUUCAGGCUGUUCUGCUCAUGUCAUCAGAUCGCCCAGGCCUUGUUUGUGUCGAGAGAAUAGAAAAGUGUCAAGAGGGUUUCCUCCUGGCGUUCGAACACUACAUUAAUUACAGAAAACACCAUGUUGCACACUUUUGGCCAAAACUGCUGAUGAAAGUGACAGACCUGCGAAUGAUCGGAGCCUGCCAUGCCAGCCGCUUCCUGCACAUGAAGGUGGAGUGCCCCACAGAACUGUUCCCUCCAUUGUUCCUGGAAGUGUUUGAGGAUUAGAGAGACUGAAGUGGUUCUCCACACCCCCGUCGCACUACUGGCUGUCAUUUCAUCCCGUUGCCCAGCUCUUCUCACCUGUUUGUUCUUCUUCUUUCGUGGUCUUCUGUUUCUUGAGAUGGGGCUAGGGUUUUGUUUGAGUUUUCUUUUGGGGUUGCUGGGGGGCAGUUGUAUACACAUGGAUGAAAACAUCCCUUUAAUGCGGGUACUUGUGACUAUUGCAAUUUGUUCUUCAGUCCUUUGAUGUGAGUGCUUUGACAGCUUAACAGUGAAAAUACGAACAGACCAAUCUCAUUCACCAGCAUUUGCGUGGUCACCAGCUCACACCCAUCAUUGCCUCAAAAAUAGGGGAGAGAGACUGAAGUGGCAGAAAGAUAAAUUUGCCUUCAAGUUGAAACAGCUAUUGUUAAUUUGACCCUGACAAUUCUGUCUUGUAUUACUCCUUUUGCAGGGUACAACUGACCAAUUCAUAGUAAAAAUUUCUGGUCUUUGUCAUGGUUUCUAUUGUAACAAUUACAACUAUGAUCUAGAAUCUUCAUCAUCAUUAUGAUCCCACAAUUCUCUGAGGUUUUUUCCAGCAGAUGCAGUUUACUUGUCCCCAUAAAUCAAGUACUUAAAAUAAUGCAGUUUUAGAAGGGACUGAGUCUUGGUUUUUUUUUCCCAUGUGUAUAAGAUAUUAAGAUCUUCAAUUUCUAAAUUUGGACUCCAGGUAACUUCACUGGAAGGUUUGUUGGAGUGAGGACAGAAAUUUGAUUCUCUGAGGUGCUCCUGAUGGUGGAGGGGUCUGCUUUUUCUGAGGUGUGUGGAAAAUCCAUCACUCUGAGGGAGAAGGCUCUCUGUCAGGAUAGCAGACAGUGUCUCAGAGUUAUUCAGGGAUAUGAGAGCUCACGGAAUGACGACAAGGAGAAUGAAACAAAUGAGGUGACCUUCAGAUAGGACAGAAACCAACUGUAUUAUUAACAACACUCAAGACUGUAGAGCUUUAUCCCAGGAAUACAAAUAGUGUUGCUCAGCAGUAAUCCUUUGUUUUAUAUAUAUAAAGUUUAUAUGCACCUAUAUAUAUAAUUUUAUAUAUAUAUAUAUAAUUACAAAUCUUCAGCAGGUGUCUUAAACAUAUUUCCGUAUUUUUAUCUUCUCUCUCUCUCUUUCUCUGACUCUGCCCUGUGUGUGUGUGUGCAUGUGGAUCAGCUGAGUUGUCUCUCUCUACAGGUAUGUCUGUAUGUGUUUCAUUAGGCUAGAUGCUCUCUUGAUUCUUUUAAUUUAUUUCCACUAACUGCACUAGCAGGAACCAAACUGAGCAAUGACAAAAUGUCCUGCUGCCGAAGUCUGCCAGCCAGUACACACAGUCCUGGAAUGUUUGGAGGCCAGUGAUGAGGACAUUGUAGGUAGAGGUUCCUCUCUGUCACCAUCUCCAUUCAGGGAUGUUGUCCCUGGGUUUUAUAAACUUGAUAUUAAACCAUCCUCUGAAUUUGUAUGACACUUCUAAAACAUCUUUUUCUUCUUCCUGGGAACCAGAGUUUUAGUUCAUGUUUUUUGCACUGCCUCAUACCCUACAUUCUUUCAUGUUGUGCAUUGCUUUGUACCAGUUUCUUUCUCCACUAUUUAUUGACCCAUUUGCCCAGCAAGUUGUGGGCAUUGUUAGAGUGGAUGUGUUGACUUUCAAAGCUCAUGGCCCGUAUCUGAACCCAUAGGUUAUGGGCUUAUCCCCUCAUAAAAACAGGAUACUCAGGAAAACUAAUAGAUGGAACAUGAUAUAUGUGUGUCAGGAGUUAAACACUUUCUACCCUUCUUUCCCUACAUCAUUGAUAAAGCAUUUGGAGUGCUAUUGGGCACAUUUUUAGGGAUGUGGAAUCUUGUUCUCUCUGUUGUUUGAUACCAUAUGCGCCUGUGAUGAGCUGUGAGCACUAAUGUUUUCACUUAGGGGUUUUCUUGUCAGAACACAAAACACACUGGGAUGUGUAGGAGUUUUUCUGCAGGUAGCAGUGAAGACACACCACUGGAGAUAAAUUCUUAAAUAUUUGGUGUAAAACCUCUUUUGUUGGCUGUGUUGGCUCCAUCUUAAAGCGUGUGUCUAAACAACAUCUCUAUCCAAAUUCCUUGUAGAGCGCUGUCUUGAGGGCAAAGAGUCAGACACUGGCUUUUUGAACAGGUGAUUUGGGGUGACUUGGAGGACUUACAGCAUGUAGUAGGGAACUCAGAAAAGCAUCCCUUACUUGCACUGAUGCCUUCACAAUCUAGAAACAAAACAACAUACUUUCAAGACCAUAUUAAUACAGCAAGGAAUAUAAAAGCAGAAUUGGAGGCCUCCAGGUACAAAUAUAGCAAAAUGCACACCUGAUAGAGAACUUCUGAAAUUUUAUAAGUUUAAUAAAUUUGCAUAUUUAACAAUAGUGUCCAAUUAGAAGAGCAUUUAGUUAAGUAAUCCCCCCUUUUGGUUCUGCCCAUUUGGAGCCUCUCCUGAGUUUCUAGCCCCAUAUUUAUUAUGUCGAGGAUACAUGGUAAAAGGAAAUAAGACAUCCUUGGCUAAAGGGGCAAGACUAAAUAAUAUUUCAGGAAUGUAGCAUAAUAUGUCUUAGAGGUUAUCUCACUGAUCUAAAAUGUAGGGGAAAGGGGUAGGAAAACUACUUUACUUGGAGCUACAGCCAUAUAUCAGAAAUCUACAAAGCUACAAAUAUAUGACAAAUACAUGAAAAGCAUCGGUGCCUAUGGCUUGCAAAGAAAAAUGUGCAUGUCUUUUGAAGCCCUGUUCUGCCAUGGAUCUGAGCAUGGAAUUCCUCCUGAAGCCAGUGCAAGUACUUUAUCUGUUUGCUUAAUGUGAGCUUGAGUAGGCGUUCAAGCUUUUGACUGUGCUGCAGGUGACACCCAGGAGAGGAAGCAUCACACAUCUCUUCAUGUUCCUAAAUACCAAUGCAGUUUGGAGCUGUGCUUAGGGUUCAGAAAAUCAGGCCUCCUUCCUUAGGUGAUUGCAGAUGGACUGAAGUGCCUAAAAUCAGGCAACCGACUUCGACAGCUCUGGCAGUGCUUUAAGCAGAAAGGACAUAUAUCAACAUGUCUUUCUAGCUUUUCAGGUUGAGUUGGAGUCUGGCACUUAUUAACAGACUGAGUUAGUAGUAUUCCCUAACUGAAAACUAAGGCCAAGCUCAUGGUUGGACAGAUCUGAUGAACUGACAUCUAAUGGCCUCCUGAUCUCCUACCAGUCUUACUUUGUCUCAUUUCCUUUACUUUCCACAGUAUGACUUCUGAUUUAUGUGAUCAGGAGAGCAAAACUAACUGACCUUAGCUCUGCAAAGACGUACUUCUAAAUAUCAGUGAUCUCAAGCCUUUGUGGGAUUGAGCCCUGGAUUGACCACCUCAGUGGCAGACACCAAUGCCACAGUCAGCACCCUUUGCAGUAACUGGCCUUCUGAGUGAAAUCACAAGCUUGUGCUUUCCAGUGCAGUCCAGAGUCUUGUUUCUGCUGGUGCCACAUGGCUCUCGUGUUUGCUUUGUGGUCUACAUGUGGGUCUCACACAGAAGGUUUUUCCUGUCAAACCUUAUUGUCACCAUUCAUGGUAUUGCCCUGAGUAACAUGUGCAUUUAGAUACUCAUUUCAUGUGUAAUCUCAGUUAAGUUGUGAUAUUUAUUAUAACAUAUAUAGUGUGUGCUAAUGAUUUUUGUUUACAUUCUGCCAAAAUGUAGACCUUAGAGUUAGACCUCCCAGGUCCAAAAUCAUCUUUGAGCAGACUGCUUGCUUCUUCAGAGGCAGGUAUCAGAAAGAGGGAAAAACUGUCCAGAAAGACCAUUUAUAUCAGAAAUCUGCCAAGAGAGGGCUGUUAAUCACAAGCAGAGCAUGUCAUUGCUAGUGAUGUAUUUUUAUGCUAUGGAACUCUAAUCUGUAUGUGUCAUAUUGACUUCUUGCUGCAUGAAUCAUAAAUUUUAAAAAUCAGUCUUACAGUUUUGAGAUGUAGCCAGCAUUCCUAAGGCUAAACCUUUUUCAUUGACAGAAUCAAAAUCCACAACCAAGGAACGUUUUCCUCUCACUGUGAGAGCAAUUGAAAGUGUUCAACAUUUAUCUUUUCACAAAGGAAGAGGCAACAGAACCUCUUAAUGUGUCUUGUUAUUGUGACCAUCUGGAAAUGAUUGCCAGACGUUUCCUUUUGAUAUAGUAAUGAAGUGAUCUGUAUUUAAAUUUUAUAGAGAGAAUUUUAUUCUAGUGUGAUAGAGAUUUAUUUUCCACUUAAAGACUCAAAACGGUGUGAGCACGUUUUUGGUUUGUUUGUUUGUUUUUUUACUAUGGUAUAUUUUUGCUUUAAAAUUAAAAACAAAACAAAAAAAAAGGUUUGGCCUUAUCACAACGUUUUAGUAUAGAUGUUAGCAAACGCAAAAAGUAUGCAUUAUUUGUGUGUAUCCACAUUGACUGAUGUCGCCUUCAAAAAGCAAUAUUGUGCAGGUAAUAAGUUGUUUGUGACUGUCCAUUGCACAGUUUACCUUCUUUAAAAGCUAACCUUGUUUAUGCACAAGACAAUCAAAUGUAAAUCUACAUCAGCACCCAGGUGUGGAUUAAAUUUAUGUAAAUUACUGAGCACAAUGUAAAACAUUAAAAGACACUUUAUUUAAUUACACAUUUAAUGUUGGUAAAGAUAGUAUCAGGGCAUGAACUAGCUGACAUACUGUAAUUUCUUUUUCUCUUUUCCUACUUCCUUAGCACUCUAUAGUUUCAGUUUGCUCAUAAAUACAUCAAAUUAGUCAUUCAUCAUUUUUUUGAAGAGGAGGUUGGUUUGGGUUGUUUAUUUGUUUUUAUGAAGUCAGUUGGGAGGACUUACUACUUUGUCUAUGAGGUUUGUGGGUUUUACUUACUUGGUUUAUUUUUUUAUAUCAGUUUCAUGCCCUGAGGGUAAGGCAAACAUUACACCAUACAGUAAAAAACAAAGUACCUUGGAUGAUGUAUUUUUUUGCAAACAGUGUUAAGAGUUAUGCUAGAUUGGUAAUAUUUUUUCAGCCUAAAAUAUAUUAAAAAAAAAAUCUGUGAUCACAAAUGUUUUAAACUAUCUAAAGAGAAAAUUUGUAUAUUUGGGGAAGAAAAUAAUUUUUACAUAGCUUUUGUAUGCAGAUAUUAAAAUGUAAUUAUGAAUAUAGUGGGCAUAGAUAACUGUGUAAGCUUGAAUUCUAAAAAAGAAAAAGCUUAUAACUGAAAA